GGUACCCCACUACCGUAUGUACAUUUGAGGCGAAAAUUUUGUUGAAGUCGGUCCACUCAUUCGAACAUUUAUCAGUGAUGAUGAAACUUUUGAAUUAAUUUACAAAUUUCGUUCGAGUACAUUCUUCAGAGACAUUGCUCCAGCAAUAGUAAUCAGCGGUAUCAUUUCGCGUAAUCAAAGUAUCAACCGGACUUUUGAAGUGUGUUAGAAAGCCAAAGGCAUAUGAAUGAUAAACAUUACUCCAAAUAUAGAGUAGUGACGUGACUUUAGACAGAUUCUCUGGAAAAUUUCCAUAAGAAAGUCUAUGCAAUUUUACAUAGCAGUGUUACGUUAACAGUGUGCCAGCAUAUUGUAUUGAAGCAAGUGAAAAGUGUAUCCACAAAGUCUGUCAUUCGUUGAAAUAUUGUGCAAUAUUGGAAUUUGUUAUAUGUACAAACAUUGAACGUGAAAACGCAUGACGUUAUCAACAAAGUAUUUUAUCAGUUGAUAAGCAAACACAUUUCCAUAUAAAAAAGAGCUGGAGGCUUGUCUUGUAUCAUCUGAAUCAAUAAUCAUUCGUGGUUAUCGGUGUAUUUACACAAAAAGUUGUACGUGUUCAAUGUGUUUGAAGACUAUAUAAAAUUGGAAUUCUUUCGUGGUGACGCACUUGACAAUAAAUAAUCGGUUUAAUUGUGCAUAUUCACAACAAGCUCUUUAUAUUUAGACACGGUCGUCGUUUAUUACCGCACUGACGUACUGUACACAAUUCGAGUUUUUAUUGACCAUUAAAAUUGACAAUCAAUCGCUAUUAAUACACUGCCGUUUAGUGACCGCUAACGUUUUCCCCACCCACCAAAAAAAUGGCUUUUAUGGUGCCGGUUAUGAAAAAAGACUAUGACAUCUACAAAACAAGUCGUUCACGACGCGUUUCCGAGUGUUCGAAGUCGAGUGCAUGCAGUUCUCGAAAAGUAUCCGAAUGCCGGUCAGAAUGUCCCAGUUUAUCCACAUCGCCCGAAUCCGAAUACAUGAAUGCCGUUUCGCCGUCACAUCGAAGUCAACCGAUACAGUCGAUAAACCGUAACACAUCCAGACCGCAAAUGUCCCGCGCCUCGUCCAGAAACUCACAGUCAUCGCUGAUGUCCAGUCCGGCGAAAACUGCCGGCGGUUGUGCCGUACCGAAACCGAAUGUCCAUGACAGCCAGAGCAGUUUAAAUAAAUUCCAUUCCCGAUUGGUGGACAAGUUGAGGAAGUCGUUGCGCAAGGCAAAAUCAACGGACCGGUCAUGAGGCCGAGAAUUACGGCCAUGUGAUUCAGCAGUACCUCUAUUUACUGAUGGUGAC